AUGAGCGACGUUGCAGCACUCCGUCGUCAACUCAAGAUCAAGACUGGCUCUGCUAAACGGUUGUACAAAGAGCACAAGUCCUAUCAGAAGGAAGAAGAGGACCUCACGCGUAAGUUAAACAAAUUCAUCGCGGACAAUGCAGAAGAUUGGGAUAUCAAGAACACGAGGCGAAUGCUCGAAGAGUCGCAGAGGAUGAUCCACGACACAUCCAACCGGCUCGGAACUACCGUCCAGGACCUGCGCGAGGUGACGGUAGCAGCGGAGAAGGUGCCAGAACUGCACGCAGACCCUGAGCUCAUUGCUGCCCAGGAGACUCUUGAGACAGUCAGCAUCUGA